CUUCACACUGUCCUGCAGCACACAUGCUCACAAACAUUCACAGACCUCAGUCUCCUCUCUUGCACUAAACAUGCUCUGUUGGGAACUGUGUUUAGCCCUACUGAUCACCGGCUUCCCAGUGUGGGCUCUGCCUUCAACAAACAUCAAGAUCACACAAGCACUGCCCCUGCAGCUGUCAGACUCAAACCAGCCUGUGGCAUGUCCGCUCUUCUGGACUGAAUUCGAGGGUUACUGUUACCGCUUCUUCCCCUUGAACCGCACCUGGGCUGAGGCAGAUCUGUACUGCGCUGAGUUCUCAAACGGACACAAAUCUGCCAAACUCACCUCCAUCCACAGCUGGGAGGAAAAUGUGUUUGUCUACGAUCUCGUGAACAGCCGUGUACCAGGAAUUCCAACAGAUAUUUGGAUUGGCCUUCACGAUAGAAGACAGGAGGGCACUAUGGAGUGGACAGACGGGUCACCCUAUGAAUACAGUUACUGGGAUGGAAAUCAACCAGAUGAUGGCAUCCAUCGCAUCCCUCAGGAGGAGGACUGUGUGGAGAUCUGGUACAGACAAAACAGUGCACUGAGGUCUUGGAAUGACAACAAUUGUGAUAAGGCCUUUCCAUUCGUCUGUAAGAUUCCUACACUGGAAAACUAACCUCAGAGCUAAGAUUGUUUAUCCAGUUCUUUAUCAUCAACACUGACACCCAACAUCACUCAAUCACAGCAUAGCAACAGAUGUCUGCUUAUCUCCAUCUCUCUCCAGCCUGACAUGGGCACUUCAUUUGCGUUUCUCUCCCCUUCACUCCAAUUCCCUGCCCCCACCGUCCUCCUAUCACGGUUGAAUAUAUAUAUAUAUAUAUAUAUA